GUUGCACUAAAAAGAAGUUGCUGUCACUGACAUUUCCACACAUGUGUUAUUGUUUUGAUUCGAACCAGAAAAAUAUUUAAAGAGAUAUUUUAACAAUUAAAUUGUGAAAGAAAAUCGCCACAAAUAGCACACAGAUGGCCAGCGAUUCAUCCGAUAGUGAAUAUCAAGUUGAGGAGUUUGUGAAGCCGAAACGUGUGCGACGUACAGUGAACGACGAUACGGCCGACCUGCUGGGCAACUUCGACGAUGUGAAGCGACAGGAAAUACUCGAUGGCACCUAUGUAGAAAAGGCGGCAGCAAGUGACUCCAGCGAUAGCGAGGAGGAUGAGGAGAGUGAUGCAGAAAACACAGAUAAAGAGGAAACUAAAGAAACAACAGAAAAUGGGGAAGCGAACAAUGCAGAUGCGCCAGCAACAAAUGGCGCUGGUGAUAGCGCCGAUGAGGACACAGAUGAAGUAAAAACCAAUUUGUCAAAAGAACAGUUGAGCGCAUUAAUGCGCGGCGCAGCGAAAGCCAAUCGUCAUGUUCUCUAUGUGACAAAUCUAAAUUUCGAAACGACCAAAUACGAUUUGGAGUCACACUUCGGCAGCGCUGGCACGGUGAAAGGUGUGCGCAUACCAAAGAAACGACGCGGUGGUUUUGCCUUUGUCGAAAUGGCUAAUCUGGAGGGCUAUCAACGUGGUUUUCAAUUGCACAAUUCUAUGCUGCAAGGACGCACGAUAAAAGUACAAUUCUCGGAGGCGGGCAAAAAGAAGUCUGCAAAUAAGAAGAAUAUAUUGAAACAGAAAAAUCGGAAAUUAGCGGAAAUGCGUAACGAGCAGAAGACAUUUACGAAGAGCGGUAAAUUCUACGAUAAAAAUCUGAAAAAGGAAAAAGCAAAAGAUUUGCUGGCACGUAAACGUUGGCGUAAGCCGGCAAGUGCCAGGGGACCAAAACCGUAAUUUUAACAUUUGCCAUUGUAGUUACAAUUAUUAAUAAAAACUGCUAUUUUACUGAAACAAAUA